AUGAGGCCAAUAUCAGAACCACAAAUACCAAGCUACCUGCCAAUCGCGAAUCCCCAUGGUCACUACGCACAGUCCUCAAUCCCAUUAAAGCUCUGGCAAAAGGCCGGUUCAACGAAAAUCCACGACGACCGCCAGAGAGAUAUCAACAGUUGGCUAGAUGUGAACCCACGUCUACGACAUGAGAUUCUCACAGACGACAGUGCAGACGAGUACGUUCGUGAGCAUUUUGCCAACUACCCAGAGGUCCUUGAUCUCUAUCUCUCACUUCCGGUCCCAAUCCUAAAAGCCGAUCUCCUUCGUCAAUUGAUCUUGUACGCCGACGGAGGAAUUUGGAGCGAUCUUGACGUGACAUGUCACAUACCAAUUUAUACUUGGAUCCCGGAACAAUUUCAAAACAAAACAAACGUCGUCGUCGGUUUGGAAUUCGACGGGUUCCAGUUCGCGAGUUGGACGAUCAUGACAAAACCUAAGACAAGCCAUAUCGUGGCGGUCAUGAAAUAUAUCAUCGAUAGACUGAAGGCAUCUGCUGCGCAGUACAAUGUGACCACUGCACAACUUAACAUGACGAUGAUCAGCGAUGUGGUGGAAGUUACGGGUCCCCAGGCCAUGACUAUUGCUCUAUUGCAGAAUCUGGAGAAGGAAAUGGGCGUUCCUUUCGGCCGGGCAAAUAUAACCAACAUCAAAGAACCCACCCUAUUUCAGGACGUACUCGUGUUGCCUAAUGCGGCCUUUUCCUCUAGACAGGCUGGCUUCCCGGCGGACAGAGGGCCUUAUCUCGUUGAACACCAUUACGCUGGCUCUUGGAAGAAUGUCAAUGGUGGCGAGACGAAAUCUUGA